ACUAUUUUUGCUAGAAAAGCACUAGAAAAACAACGAUGUUCUAGUUUCGAAGAAACAGCCAUGGUAGAAUAAUCAUGUCUCAGACGCGUUGACCGAGUAAAGCGAGUUAACUCAAUUUCUGCGCUUCGUUGAGGCUGAGAGGCAGAGUGAGUUAUGGCGGCAUCAUUGGUAGGAGGAGCUGCCAUAGGAGCUGUGUUUGGAGAACUCUUGAAAGCAGUCAUAGAUAUGAGAGACAGAGCUGUUAUGUUCAAACCAACCUUAGCUUACCUCACAACAACGUUAACAGCAAUAGAUCCUGUGAUCAAGGAGAUAGAACAACAAAACAAUGAACUGGGUCGCGCGAACACCGAGCUAGAGUUGUUGAUCAAGGAAAUGGAAGAAGGCACAAAGCUUGUUUACAAGUGUUCCAAAAUCCACAAGCUGAAUUUUCCAGCUAGGAUUCGGUACCAAGAACAAUUGGUAGCACUGGUGGAGUCUCUGGUGAGGUUCUUUAUCAUUGAUAUGCAGGCUCAGACCGCCAGAGAUUUGAAAGAGACGCUGAUGAAGGUUAGACGAAUACAUAGCGCGGUUAAUAAGAUGCAAUCGAAUAGCAAUGAUGAAGAAACUGGUGGUGGUGGUAUAGUUUCUGAAGAUUCUGAUUCUGGUUCUGCUAAUGUAGCUGUGGAGGCGAAUCAGAUGGACUUAACUGAUGAGACUACUGUCACAAUUCAGCAAAAUGAUGAGUGUGUCACGGAAAUAACUAACUCCGUUCCAGUAAUAGCUAACUCUGUUCCAGAAACAGCCGUCGAGCCAAAGAUCCUUCGGAAUAAUUCCUUGGAGCAAGUCAUGGAAGAUCUCUUGCACCUUGUUAGCCAAAAUAAGGAAAAAGCAAAUAAUAGUCAAGAAGAAAAGCAUUUGACGACUAUCAAAUCCUAUGAUCAAUCAUAUCCAGAUAGGAAAAGAUUCAUGGGUAUAUGUCUGCCUAUAACACCAAUUCUAAAUAAGAUAAGUGGUGGAUUUAACCCCUUAGAACCGCCCUCUGUUCAUUGCAUGUCAUGUGAUAGUAUCAUUCAGAAAAAUACUACCUCACACACGGAAGAUAUUGAGACAUAUUUAUAUUGUAAUCGAUGCUAUGAUGAUCAUAUUCGUCGAAAAAUUAUUUUUUAUGAAGGGUGUCCUCAUAAAUUUGAUAUUAAGGAAUUGUUGAGAGCUUCUGCUGAAGUUCUUGGAAAUACAAGUUAUGCAAUUACCUGCAAAAUCCUCUUGAAAAAUGGCGUAACAUUAGUUGUAAAGAGAUUAAAAGAUGUGAUGGUAAAGAAGAAAAUAUUUGAAGAGAAGAUAGAGAUUGUGCAAAGAAUUUCUCAGCACCCAAAUGUUCUGUCUCCUCUUGCCUGCUAUUAUUGUUCCAAUGGUGAAAAUCUACUGGUUUAUGACUACAUGACAAAAGGAAGCUUUUUCGAGCUAUUGCAUGGAACAACCAAAGAUAGAGAGAACCCAUUAGAUUGGGAUUCAAGAAUGAAGAUUUUACUUGGAGUUGCCAAGGGUCUUGCUCAUAUCCACUCUCUGGAUGGAGGAAAUUAUGUCCAUGGCAAUAUAAGAUCAUCCAAUGUGCUUGUCACAAAUGAUCACCAAGGUUGCAUAUCAGAUCUUUCAAUGACUUAUUCAUUAAGUAUCUCCUUCCCCCAAUUUAGAAACACGGGUUACCAAGACAGAGAUUUCUGUUUUGGAAGAAAGGAAAAAGUGAACGUACUGACCCAAAAAUGUGAUGUGUAUAGCUUUGGUGUUCUUCUUUUUGAGAUGCUAACAGGAAGAGUGCCAUCAGAGUAUAAUGAUGCUCGUGCCAUUGGUGAUAAUAUACAGGAUGCCUGGAAGAUGAAGGAAUUGGCAGAUGAAUGUGCGUCACUAGUACCUAGUAAAAGUCCAUCCAUGGAUGAGGUUGUUAGGAGAAUGGAAAAAAUAAGAGCAUCCUAG